GGCUUCCGGUUGGAGACGUGGCUCCGGGCCGCCAUCUUGGCUAGAGGCGAAGCGGCGGCCGCUCCUGUCAGGGGGGCAGCAGGUCCCGAGCGGCCGGUGCUCCCCUUGCUUGGACCUCUCCCCCCCAAAGCCCUAUCCCCAGUGAGCCGGAGCGCGGGCUGCGCCCCACCACCGCCCUCAUCAUGGUGCUCUUGGCAGCAGCAGUCUGCACAAAAGCAGGAAAAGCUAUUGUUUCUCGACAGUUUGUGGAGAUGACCAGAACUCGGAUUGAGGGUUUAUUAGCAGCUUUCCCAAAACUCAUGAACACUGGAAAACAACAUACAUUUGUUGAAACAGAGAGUGUAAGAUAUGUCUACCAGCCUAUGGAAAAAUUGUACAUGGUACUGAUCACUACCAAAAACAGCAACAUUUUAGAAGAUUUGGAGACACUUAGGCUCUUUUCAAGAGUGAUUCCAGAAUACUGCCGAGCCUUAGAGGAGAAUGAAAUAUCAGAGCACUGUUUUGAUUUGAUUUUUGCUUUUGAUGAAAUUGUCGCCCUGGGAUAUCGGGAGAAUGUUAAUCUGGCACAGAUCAGAACCUUCACAGAAAUGGAUUCUCAUGAGGAAAAAGUCUUCAGAGCAGUCAGAGAGACUCAAGAACGUGAAGCAAAGGCUGAGAUGCGGCGUAAAGCAAAGGAAUUACAACAGGCCCGAAGAGAUGCAGAGAGACAGGGCAAAAAAGCACCAGGAUUUGGGGGAUUUGGUAGCUCUGCAGUAUCUGGAGGAAGCACAGCUGCCAUGAUCACAGAAACCAUCAUUGAAACUGAUAAACCAAAAGUGGCACCUGCACCAGCCAGGCCUUCAGGUCCCAGCAAGGCUUUGAAACUUGGAGCCAAAGGAAAGGAAGUAGAUAACUUUGUGGACAAAUUGAAAUCUGAAGGUGAAACUAUCAUGUCCUCUAGUAUGGGCAAGCGUACCUCUGAAGCAACCAAAGUGCAUGCUCCAUCUAUUAAUAUGGAGAGUGUGCAUAUGAAGAUUGAAGAAAAGAUCACAUUAACCUGUGGACGGGAUGGAGGAUUACAGAAUAUGGAGUUACACGGCAUGAUCAUGCUUAGGAUCUCAGAUGAUAAAUUUGGCCGAAUUCGUCUUCACGUGGAAAAUGAAGAUAAAAAAGGAGUGCAGCUACAGACCCAUCCAAAUGUGGAUAAAAAACUUUUCACUGCAGAGUCUCUAAUUGGCUUGAAGAAUCCAGAGAAGUCAUUUCCAGUCAAUAGUGACGUAGGGGUAUUAAAGUGGAGACUACAAACCACAGAGGAAUCUUUUAUUCCAUUGACAAUUAAUUGCUGGCCCUCAGAGAGUGGAAAUGGCUGUGAUGUCAACAUAGAAUAUGAACUACAAGAAGAUAAUCUAGAACUGAAUGAUGUAGUUAUCACCAUCCCACUCCCAUCAGGUGUGGGUGCCCCUGUGAUUGGUGAGAUCGAUGGAGAGUAUCGACAUGACAGUCGGCGAAACACCUUGGAAUGGUGCCUGCCAGUGAUUGAUGCCAAAAAUAAGAGUGGCAGUCUGGAAUUUAGCAUUGCUGGGCAGCCCAAUGACUUCUUUCCUGUUCAAGUUUCCUUCAUCUCCAAAAAAAAUUAUUGCAACAUACAGGUUACCAAAGUGACCCAAGUAGAUGGAAACAGCCCUGUGAGGUUCUCCACAGAGACCACUUUCCUAGUGGAUAAAUACGAGAUCCUGUAAACCCAGGCGAGAGAAAGGAAGAGGGAAAAUUCCAAAUUAAUAAAGAAGAAGCCACCAGUGGCUGAAGAGUUUUUCCAAGUUGACAAGCCAUUGGAGACCCCUAUUUUCUGAUACAAUGCACGUUCUCUGCGCGCAGGGACCCUCAACUCAUCCCAGUGUUUCAGUGUCACAGAGACAUUCUUUGACAAAGAACUGACGUAGACAUAAAGGGAAAGGCUGCUGAUUUCUUUCACAGAUUUUCCUGGCAAGCAGGAAAGCAAAGCGAGCUCUCCAGAUAAUACCCCCAGUAAAUUCCUCCAUUGCCUUCA